GUGUAAGGAGUGAGCGGCUGCACAGAGCCCUCCCGGCCCACGUCGUGCCUGCAGGCUGCGCGUCAGGGACAGAGGGCCAGAAAGAAAGGAGGACUCCCGCUCUGCCAUCAUCACUGACCCUGCCUGCCAAGGCUUAGGGGCCCAGGCCAUGUGCAGCUGACCCUGGGGCCCAGGGAGAGGAUCAUCAAGAACUGGGAAUGGCCGGCCCUGGGGCCACCGCAUGGCUCUACAUUUGGUGGGGCCUCCUGGCCAGGGAGGUCUGGGGCAUGAACUACCCUCCCAGGUACAAUCUGUACACAGGAAACAACCUGCCUUUCACACAGCUCCAAGGGGCAGCACAAGCAACCAAUGGGGCCCGGGUGGCCAGCCGCCACAGGAAUUGGUGUGCCUAUGUGGUAUCCCGGACUGUGAGCUGUGUGGUGGAGGAUGGAGUCGACACAUACGUGAAACCAGAUUAUCAGCCAUGUGUUUGGGGACAACUCCAGUGUCCUCGUGUUGUCACGUACCGGAGUUUUGUGCGCCCCCGUUAUAAGGUGGCCUACAAGAUGGUCUCAGAUUUGGAGUGGCGCUGCUGCCCUGGCUAUUCAGGUGAUGACUGUGCUGAAAGCGGGACGCUCCUUACUACCAACCGACCACGUCCUCAGCCUGGUCGACCCAACCUCUCUGGCUUUGGCAACCCACUCAGUGGUGGUGAAGGACACCGGGACUCGGCCAAAGUCCAACAGCUGGAAGAAAAAGUGCAGAGCCUAACCAAGCAACUACAAGACUUGCAGUCCACCAUGCAGGCCAAUAACGCCAAGCUGACCGAAGAUGUGCGCCGGGCAGCUGAGAACGGCAAACAGCAGCCAGCGGACGCCGCCGCACACCCGGAGAUGAAAGAAACCCUCAACGAGAUCCAGCGCCACUUGCAACGCCUCGACAACCGCAUCGCCAACCACGAGAACGGGCGAGGCGCGGGCGGCGGCGGCGGCGGGACGGACGUCCGAGGCGAGGUCCUGCGCGAAGUGGAGCGGCGCUUGCAGAAUUCCUGCGCCGCCUGCCUGAGUGGCGUGGAGGCGCUGAAGCGGCAGCAAGCCGAGGACCGCGACCGACUGCGAGCUCUGGAGAAGUUGGUCUCCUCCCUGGACCAGCGGAACCGCGAAGCCGUGAGCGGCGUCCAGCAGCAGGUGAGCCGCCUGGCCGAGCAGCUGUCCAAGGCGUGCUGCCAUCAGCUGGAGAGCCGGGUUGGCGAGCUGGAGCGCGGCUUGGAAACGGUCUCCGAUUCGGUCGCCGCCCUGAACGAGCACGCGGGAGGCCGGCCGCAGCCCUCGGCCCAGCCGCAGCCGCCCUGGAACGUGGACAGGCGGAUGACCGAGGUGGAGAGCCGCGUCAACACCACCCAGCGCGGCCUGUUGGAGCACUUGGAGGACGUGCAGGUCAUGCUGCACGGGGCGGCCGACCGACUGAGCCGGGCCGAGAGGCAGCUUGACUUCCUCUUCUCCCGGCUGAACGACUUCCAGAGCCACGUGGGCCGAGCUCUGGCCAACCUGUCGCGGGACGUCGGCGGGCUGAAGGACAGCAGCCUGCAGCAGCAGGGGGCGCUGGAGAGGGUCCGCGUCUCCGUCCACGCCUGCACCCAGAUCUGCACCGAGCCGGACAACCAGGACUCGCAGAUCAGCAGCAUCUUAAGCGACCUGGAGCGGCGCGUGCUGGACAACGAGGGCCAACUGCGGCUCCUGGGCUCCAACCUCCACCAGCUCGACAUCUCGGGGAAGUUGCGCAACUUGCAAGGCCUGGUGGGGUCGAACAGCGAAGCCCUCGGCAAGCUGGCGGGAGAAAUUGGCGAGCUUGAGAACCGGGUGGUGAUUUCCAUGAGUGCGGGGCCGCCGGAUUUAAUCCGCUAUUCCAAUCGCACCAAUCAGCGCUUGGAUAAACUGGAGCAAGGGGUCGAGAGGUUGGAACACCAUCCCUGCAGCCAGAGCUGCUCCCAGCUAUGGGGAGAAAUGGUGCAGCUUAGGGAGCAGGUGGAAAGCUGUCGAACAGCCUGCCGGCCAAUGGGGGGAAAGCCAGAACUGGGUACAGAGGAAGGGGAGACUUCCAAACCUUUGGAUGGCUUCAGCGUGAUUGGCGGCAGCUCUACGGUCCACCUUCAGUCGUUGCAGGGAGAGCUCUCCGAGGUGAUCUUGGGCUUCAGCUCGCUCAACGAGACCCUGGCAGGGCUGCAGGCCACCGUGGAGAAGCACGAAACGGACAUCCACGAACUGGGCACGACCAAGGAUCGCAUCAUCACGGAGAUCAACCGCGUGCAGCAGGAGGUGACGGACCACGUGGGCGAGAGUGACGGGCGCUUCCAGGACCUGGGUCAUGAGAUCCAGCGGUUCAGCGGUACCCUGCAAGUGGAGGCCUCAGACUGUCGGAGGGCCUCUGGGGGUCUGGCAGAACGGCUGACCAAGCUGGAAGGCACCUGUGAACGACUGGACCACGUCUCGGGGAGCUUGCGCAAGAUUAAAGAAGGGCUGGACAAGCACAUCUCGGCCUUGUGGGGCUGCAUUCAUGAAGUGAAUGGGACUCUGCGCAGCCACGGCGCCUUGUUAGAGAAGAUCCAUGGCAGCCAGUUGGGCACCAUCCACCGCCACCUCAGUACCCUCAAUGGCUCCCUUCAUACUCUGAAGGGUCAGCUGCAUGACCUCACCCUGCAGGACUUCACAGGCCCUCCGGGUUUUCCAGGCCCCAUGGGAAAGCAGGGCCCUCCAGGCCUGAUGGGACCUCCUGGCAAGGAUGGAAAGACUGGCAUAGAGGGACCUCCAGGGUUCCCUGGAAAACAAGGACCACCAGGUCCACCUGGAAGAAUGCCCAAAGUCGCCUUUUCAGCAGCUCUGACAACCUGGAAUUUCAAUACUGGAACCAUCAUCUUUAACAAGGAGCUGGUGAACGAUGGCAAUUUCUAUAACCCACGCACAGGAACUUUCACAGCUCCUGUUUCUGGCCGUUAUCUGGUCAGCGCAAUUUUGACCGGGCACAGAGGUGAGAAGGUUGAGGCAGUGCUCUCACUUUCCAACAGGGCCAUUGCCCGCAGCGACUCAGCUGGAUAUCAACCUGAAGGACUGGAGAACAAACCAGUGGCCGAGAGCCAACCAAGUGCUGGUGCUUUGGCAGUCUUCACUCUCAUUGUCCCCAUGGAGUCUGAUGAUACCCUCUGUGUGGACCUCGUGUCUGGCCAGCUAGCCCACUCUCCAGAUGAACCACUGACAGUUUUCAGUGCCGCCUUGCUUUAUGAGGAAGAUUUGGGGGUCCAUAGGGUUCCUCAAUGGGGGUAGAAGCAACCCAAAGCAACCCGCAGCCCAGCAGGAAAAGGAUACCAAGGAACCCCCAACUUACACCCCAAUAAUGCCUCCAUUCUUCCCUUCUGGGCUGGUGCCACCCAGUGACAACUAGGAUAGUAGAGGUAUAGUGAAUGAUUACGGUGUUGGACUAGGACUAGGGAGAAGCAGGAUCAAGCCUUCUCUUAGUCCUGGAAAUUCAUGGGGUGACUUUGGGCCAUUUACUCUCCUUCAAGCCAACCUACCUCACAGGGUUGCUUUUAUGGAGAUAAAACAACAGGAGUUCCCCAUGGAAGCCGCCUUGAACCUUGGUGGAAAGGCAAGGGAUAAAUCUAAUAAAUAAAUUGGCAGCUUUGGCUACCCCAGAGUUGAAGCUGUCAGCCGAGUUAUUGAGAAUUCAAGUAGUCUCAAGCAAACUUUUUGCUGGCACUUUCUAUUUCCCUCCUGCCAGCCCCAAGGCAUGAACCAUGGGGAGAUCCUGCCUCUCUAAAGCCCUGUAGGCUACCUUAUGGGUGAAUUACUACCCUCUGCAUUGUCUAGGGCCCAGGAUUUGAAAAAAGCCAGAAAGUGCAGCUGCCUAGACCAAGAGAACACAUUGUCUAGGACAGUGAUGGCAAACCUAUGACAUGCAUGUCAAAGCUGACACAUCACAACAUUUUGAGUAACACACAGCAGAGUUUACGCCAACACUUGACAACCAUUCUCAAAAGCAUGCCCCAUUCUCCUGCAAUUUUCAGAGAUUUUGUAGGUCAGGCAAGAUUGAAGUGUGGUUUCGUACAGCCUCUGGACCCUACAGAAGUCAAGCAAGAGGGUGAUACUCUUACACAGCCUCCUAAGCCUCUGAAAAUCAUGCAAGAACAGGUUGUGUUUCUGUGUGAUUUCUGGAGGCUUUGAAAGCCACGGAAGAGCAUUCUCCAAAGCCGCUUCAAAGCCUCACUUGACUGAAGCAAAGUCAGGUAGGCUGCAAGAGCCUGUUAACAGGUCGAGAACAUCCCCUAAAGGUAAGUGGCACAUACAGAUAUUGGGGAAUGUUAGGCCACGGGGAUAAUUCUGCCAUAGCCCGAAACUCUUGUGCCUUGGGAACUGCUCAAGGUAGGCUUUAUAAGUGGCAGCGGUGAUGCUAGGGAUGAUGUUGAGGCCUAGGCUAAUGUUCAGGGAGGCCUAUAUGGGGUUAGAGAAUUAUUUCUCUUAUGUUUGGUGUGUAUGUAUGUGUGUGAGUGAGUGAGUGAGAGAGAGAGAGAGAGAGAGAGUGUGUCAGCAGAGUCAAGUUAGGUAUUUUCAGAAGUUUUGACAUGUCGAGCCAAAAGGUUCGCCAUCACUGGUCUAGGAACUAGCCCUUCCUUACCUGCCGUGGGAUGGAGGGAAGAAUCCUUUUUGUUAUUUAUCUGUGUCUGUCAUUCCCCAGAGAAAAUGCCCACUGCUCCUCUCUUUGUGCAUCACCAACUGACUCCCUGCUUUGCCCAUAUUUUCUCGCAACCUGAGCUGUCUCAUCUAAUCAUGUCCGCUGCCAAGCUGCCAAAAAAACAGGCUAUCUACCGUACUUGAUAUAGAUUUAAGAGCCCUGGGUUCCCACACCACAAAGCCACUAAUUUCUACAAUAAGCGAGGAAGAAAGAAUCUUUUGCAGCCAUUUUGGCAGAGUUAUGAGCUGAGGAAGGUGGUAGAUGAAUGGAAGAACUCCCACCUCUCUCUGUUUCAUCCCUUAUGUAUAUGCUGUAUAAUGGCUAAACUCAGCUAAUGAUAUAAUUAUUGAAUAAAGUUUUUUUUUUAAAAAAAG